GUAAGUGAGGAGAGGAGGAGGAGGAGGGGAGUCGGGGGGAGGAUCUCCAUUGAAAUAAACAACCAGGCAGCAGUUAUUAACACGGGAACAUGGCGGCCGCAGCCUCCGCUCCAGCUUCGGCCGGGAAGGUCAGCGCCGUCGGCAGCCGCCACCUGACUGACUGACCGACCCACCGAUUUCCCGGAGGCUUGAAAUGUAUCAAAGUACUGAAGACCACACACCAACAACUGGUAGAACUGAUCUGACUGCUAAUUUGAAUCUUGGUAUCAAAAUUCCCUCUAUGUGGGAGGGCAAGAAUUGGAGAAGAGAGAGACUGUGAGCCAGGCAUUGAAGUCACUGAGGAAGGAUUCAGAGUGCCCUGGAAUCUUGAUUGGCGUUCUCUUGUACCUUGCUGCAAAUUUACGGAUCUUUCACGCUGUGUACUGAAUCAGUUGCUGAUAUGUGUUCAAGAUGAGUGGGAUGGGAGAAAAUACCUCUGACCCAUCUAGGGCAGAGACAAGAAAGCGCAAGGAAUGUCCUGAUCAGCUUGGACCCAGCCCUAAAAGGAGCACAGAAAAACGCAACCGUGAGCAGGAAAAUAAGUACAUCGAAGAGCUUGCCGAGCUGAUUUUUGCAAACUUCAAUGAUAUUGACAAUUUUAACUUUAAACCUGACAAAUGUGCAAUCUUAAAAGAAACUGUGAAGCAAAUUCGUCAGAUUAAAGAACAAGAGAAAGCAGCAGCUGCCAAUGUAGAUGAAGUACAGAAGUCUGAUGUCUCAUCUACAGGUCAAAGUGUUAUUGACAAGGAUGCACUUGGACCAAUGAUGCUUGAGGCCCUUGAUGGCUUCUUCUUUGUAGUGAACCUGGAAGGUAAUGUUGUAUUUGUUUCUGAAAAUGUGACACAAUACCUAAGGUAUAACCAAGAAGAGCUGAUGAACACAAGUGUAUACAGCAUCCUGCAUGUAGGGGACCACGCAGAAUUUGUAAAAAACCUGCUACCAAAGUCUUUAGUUAAUGGGGGACCUUGGUCUAAUGAAGCUCCUAGACGGAACAGCCAUACCUUUAACUGUCGGAUGCUAGUAAAACCUCUUACUGAUUCUGAAGAAGAAAGUCAUGAUAGCCAAGAAGCACAUCAGAAAUAUGAAACUAUGCAGUGCUUUGCUGUUUCUCAACCAAAGUCCAUCAAGGAAGAAGGGGAAGAUUUGCACUCCUGCUUGAUUUGUGUGGCAAGAAGAGUUCCUAUGAAGGAAAGGCCAGUUCUUCCCUCAUCGGAAAGCUUUACUACUCGCCAGGAUCUCCAAGGCAAGAUCACUUCACUGGAUACUAGCACCAUGCGUGCAGCCAUGAAACCAGGCUGGGAGGAUUUGGUAAGAAGAUGUAUUCAGAAGUUUCAUGCCCAGCAUGAAGGAGAAUCUGUAUCAUAUGCCAAGAGGCAUCAUCAUGAAGUGCUGAGACAAGGACUGGCAUUCAGUCAGAUCUACCGUUUUUCCUUGUCUGAUGGCACUCUCGUUGCUGCCCAAACGAAGAGCAAGCUCAUUCGUUCCCAGACUACUAAUGAACCUCAGCUUGUAAUAUCCUUGCAUAUGCUUCACAGAGAACAGAACGUGUGCGUAAUGAAUCAGGAUCUGACUGGACAAGCUAUGGGGAAGCCAUUGAACCCAAUUAGCUCUAGCAGCCCUGCCCAUCAGGCCAUGUGCAGUGGGAACCCAGGUCAGGACAUGACCAUCAGUAGCAAUAUAAAUUUUGCCAUAAAUGGCCCAAAGGAACAAAUGGGCAUGCCGGUGGGCAGGUUUGGUGGUUCAGGGGGAAUGAACCAUGUGUCAAGCAUGCAGGCAUCGACUCCUCAGGGUAGUAACUAUGCACUCAAAAUGAAUAGUCCCUCACAAAGCAGCCCUGGCAUGAAUCCAGGACAGCCAAACUCUAUGCUUUCACCAAGGCAUCGUAUGAGCCCUGGAGUGGCAGGAAGUCCUCGAAUCCCACCCAGUCAAUUUUCCCCAGCAGGAAGCUUACAUUCACCUGUGGCCGUCUGCAGCAGCACAGGAAAUAGCCAUAGUUAUACCAACAGUUCCCUAAAUGCACUACAAGCCCUCAGUGAGGGGCAUGGAGUCACUUUAGGGUCAUCGUUGGCUUCACCUGACCUAAAAAUGGGUAAUUUGCAAAAUUCCCCUGUGAAUAUGAAUCCUCCCUCACUAAGUAAGAUGGGAAGCCUGGACUCUAAAGAUUGUUUUGGACUUUAUGGGGAGCCAUCUGAAGGUACAACUGGACAAGCAGAGAGCAGCUGCCAUUCUGGAGAACAGAAAGAAAAUAGUGAUACCAACAUACCCCAGGUUGUCAGUGGUGAAAGGUCUGAUGGACAGAACAGACUCCAUGACAGCAAAGGACAAACAAAGCUCUUGCAGCUCUUGACCACCAAGUCUGAUCAAAUGGAGCCUUCGCCUCUGUCAGGCUCCAUAGGAGAAGCUAAUAAGGACUCCACAGGUGGCUUGGCUGGUUCUGUAUCAACACAUGGAACCUCACUCAAGGAGAAGCAUAAAAUUUUGCACAGACUUUUGCAGGACAGCAGUUCUCCUGUGGACUUAGCAAAGCUUACAGCAGAAGCCACAGGUAAAGAGCUGAACCAGGAGUCCAACAGCACAGGUCCUGGUUCAGAAGUGACUAUCAAACAGGAACCAGUGAGCCCCAAGAAGAAAGAGAAUGCACUACUUCGCUAUUUGCUAGACAAAGAUGAUACUAAAGAUAUUGGUUUACCAGAAAUAACCCCAAAAUUCGAGCGACUGGACAGUAAAACAGAUCCUGCCAGUAGCACAAAAUUGAUAGCUAUGAAAACAGAGAAGGAAGAGAUGACUUUUGAACCUAAUGAACAGCCUGGCAGUGAGCUGGACAACUUGGAAGAGAUUUUGGAUGAUUUGCAGAACAGUCAAUUACCACAGCUUUUCCCAGACACACGGCCAGGUGCCCCGGCUGGAUCAGUAGACAAGCAAGCCAUCAUCAAUGACCUCAUGCAACUCACAGCUGAAAACAGCCCUGUUGCACCUGUUGGAGCCCAGAAACCAGCAUUGCGGAUUUCACAAAGCACUUUUAAUAACCCACGACCAGGACAACUGGGCAGGUUAUUGCCAAACCAGAAUAUACCACUUGACAUCACAUUGCAAAGUCCAACAAGUGCUGGACCUUUCCCACCAAUAAGAAACAGUAGUCCAUAUUCAGUGAUACCUCAGCCGGGAAUGAUGGGUAAUCAAGGGAUGGUAGGAAAUCAAGGAAAUCUAGGGAACAGUAGUACAGGAAUGAUUGGUGGAAAUGCUUCCCGACCUGCAAUCCCAUCAGGAGAAUGGGGAUCCCCGGGCUCCACAGUGAGGGUCACCUGUCCUGCCACAACCAGUGCCAUGAAUAGGCCAAUCCAAGGAGGUAUGAUUCGUAACCCAACUGCCAGCAUUCCUAUGAGACCUAGCAGCCAGCCUGGCCAAAGACAGAUGCUUCAGUCUCAGGUCAUGAAUAUGGGGCCAUCCGAAUUAGAGAUGAAUAUGGGAGGACCCCAGUAUAGCCAACAACAGGCUCCCCCAAACCAGACUGCUCCAUGGCCUGAGAGCAUCUUGCCUAUAGAGCAAGCAUCUUUUGCCAGUCAGAACAGGCAACCGUUUGGUACUUCUCCAGAUGACUUGCUGUGUCCGCAUCCUGCUUCAGAAUCACCAAGUGAUGAGGGAACUCUCCUGGAUCAACUAUAUUUGGUAUUACGGAAUUUUGAUGGCCUUGAAGAAAUUGACCGAGCCUUGGGAAUACCUGAACUAGUUAGCCAGAGCCAAGCUGUUGAUCCAGAGCCAUUCUCAAGUCAAGAAUCCAGCCUCAUCAUAGAGCAAAAACCCCCAGUUUUUCCUCAACAAUAUGCAUCUCAGGCUCAAAUGGCGCCGGGUAGCUAUACACCCAUGCAGGAUCCCAACUUUCAUACACUUGGACAGCGGCCAAGUUAUGCCACACUACGUAUGCAACCUAGACCAGGCCUUAGGCCAACUGGCAUAGUACAAAACCAGCCCAAUCAGCUGAGACUUCAACUCCAACAUAGGCUUCAAGCACAGCAGAAUCGCCAGCCACUUAUGAAUCAAAUCAGCAAUGUCUCCAAUAUGAACCUGACCCUGAGGCCUGGAGUACCAACACAGGGACCUAUCAAUGCACAGAUGCUGGCCCAAAGACAGAGAGAGAUCCUGAACCAACACCUACGGCAGAGACAAAUGCAUCAGCAGCAGCAAGUUCAGCAACGAACUCUGAUGAUGCGAGGACAAGGGUUGAAUAUGACACCAAGUAUGGUAGCCUCUGGUGGCAUACCAGCAACUAUGAGCAACCCCAGGAUUCCCCAGGCAAAUGCCCAGCAGUUUCCAUUUCCUCCAAACUACGGAAUAAGUCAGCAGCCUGAUCCAGGCUUCACUGGGGCAACAACUCCCCAGAGUCCCUUGAUGUCCCCUCGAAUGGCACAUACCCAGAGUCCCAUGAUCCAGCAGUCUCAAGCCAACCCUGCCUAUCAGUCCUCUUCAGAGAUGAAUGGGUGGGCACAGGGAAACAUGGGCGGAAACAGCAUGUUUUCACAACAGUCCCCGCCACACUUUGGGCAACAAGCAAACACCAGCAUGUACAAUAACAAUAUGAACAUCAGUGUCUCCAUGGCGACCAAUACAAGUGGUAUGAACAACAUGAAUCAGAUGACAGGACAGAUCAGCAUGACCUCAGUGACCUCUGUGCCUACGUCAGGGUUGUCCUCCAUGGGUCCUGAGCAGGUUAAUGACCCUGCUAUGAGAGGAGGCAAUCUUUUUCCAAACCAGCUGCCUGGGAUGGAUAUGAUUAAGCAGGAGGGAGAUGCAUCACGGAAAUAUUGCUGACCCUAAAGGCUGCUUGUGGCUCUUUCUUUCUUCAGCAACCUGGGCUCUUACCAGUUGGAAGAGCUGGCUGCCUUUGUUUUGACCCAGCUGACCUGCAAGCCAGUUUUGCUGGAGCAAGAUCAGCUUCAUCAUAACUACAGACAGGACUCAGCUGAUUCCCAAAUCGGAGUCAAAACGGCUGUUGCAGGAGGAGCAGCCUCUUCUUUGACAGUCUGAAGCUCGCGUACAGACAUUGCUCAGUCUGUUCACUGCAUUCACCUUAGUGCAACUUAGAUCUCUCCUGCGAAGUAAAUGUUGACAGGCAAUUUUCAUAACCAUGUCAGAUUGAAUGUAUUUAAAUGUAUGUAUUUAAGGAAAACAACCAUGCUCUUGUUCUGUUCCUGUUUGGUUCUAGACACUGGUUUCUCACUUGAUUUUCCCUGGCUAAUCAGUCUGGUGCAAAGAAUUGUGGUUUCAUUUGGAAAACCGCGUUUUAAGCUAAAGUCUGCAAUUUGGGAAAGAAGCAGGGCAGACACUGGGGAUGGCACUGUAUGCACAGAGAUGCCUGUUAAGUUGAUCAAUUUACAAAAGGUCUUAGAAGAUAGCUGGACCUUUUUGAAAGCGCUGAGGCUCCUUCUGGAAUGGGUUUCCAUUCACCCAACAGGCAGCAAAGGGCCUAUGGCCAGGCUCUUCAUAUUUAGAAGUACUUUCCUUUUUUUUCUAUAAUAGAAAACCAGCCAUCUCACAGAAAUCAUGAAGCCAGAAGAAAUGUCUUUGUUUUCCUCUUCUACUCCCCACCUGACCCCACCCAAUUAAGUUAACUGUAGACUUGAUUUCGAGAUCUUUUAAAUCCACUUGAAUUAAUUAAUAUGCAUUACUCUGGCUUUGAGAUCUUUACCCCAGAAGGCCCUACCCCCAACCCCACUGUAGGGAAGAAACCAGGUCAGCCCUUACAUGUCAUUAGGUGUUUGAGUAGGUGCCAGCAGCCUAUCACAUGCCUGCCCGUUGCUGAAUCCUGAAUUUCGGAAAACCAGGACAGGCACCUCUAUGAAGUAUAUUCAUUCCUGUUCUCAAACUCCCCUGGCCUACAGUAUUGGGGGAGGUGUAGGGUGAGAGGUGGGGAGUGGCGGGGGAGACAGGGAAGGUAAAAAACAGUGUGUUUAGAAUUUAUGGCAGAGAUCACUACAAAUUUAGCCGUCAUCAUCAUGUGUUUUUAUUUUGUUUCUUAGCCUCGAUGAUUAAGCUGAAGUUUUGUAAGGUACAUGAAAUCCAGUUUAUAUGUAAACAAGCAAUAAUUUAAGUUGAGAACUUAAGCGUUUUAAUUGUAUGAUUUUUUUUGUGAGGUAUACAUGUUGUGGAAUUGAUUCAAAAUGAGGUACUUCAGUAUUAAAUUAGAGAUCUUCAUAGCAAUGUGUCUCCUAAAGGUGUUUUGUAAAGGAUCCCAAUGCCUUGAAUAGACCUAAUUUGUAGGCUUAAGACUUUUUAUUUUCUAAACCUUGUGAUUCUGCUCAUAAAUCAUUUAUCUAAUCUAUAUGAUAUGCAGCCACUGUAGGAACCAAUUCUUGAUUUUUAUAUGUUUAUAAUUCUUUCUUAAUAAAUCUUAGAGAAACUAUGUUACUAAAGCCAACCACUUUUAUGGUGGUUUUUCUUGCCCACUGUGGUGCAUGAGUAACCUUUUACUAACUGGCUUCGGUUUCUGAGGACUGAAUACCAAGAAACUGGAGGCUUUUGGGGAGCUAUUUCUUCCCCAAUCCCUGACACAAAUACUUUCUUAUUUCACCUUCAGAAUAAUGUCUUUUUUUGAUGUCUAAAAUGCAGUGCAUUUUAUAUCUGAUUAGCCAGGCCUUUUAGGAACAAAGGAGUUUUUCCUUGCAAUUUGAUUGUUUAUCUGGCCGGGUGAAAAUUACCCCUAUUAUAUUUAUAUCUCUCUAUAUAAUGUGAAAAUAGGGAAAGUAUAUAGCGAGAUAUAAGCCCAAAGAGAUGAUAAAGAUAGUCCCAAAGUGUUGGUCCACACUGAGGAAAUAAUUCUGGAAUUCUGCAUUUCAAUACAUUUGUUUCUGAUUGAGGGAGAUGUUAAUGAUACAGGGAGGUGGCUAGGGAUCAGUACCUUGGAGAGGUCACUACUUCAUAUGUCCCACUUGAAAGGCUGAGCUUAGUCAAGCCAUUGGAUUGUCUGGCUGAGGUAGGAGAGUAAGCAGCAGUUGGCCCUGAACUCCAUGACCUCAUUGAUAUACUGAGAUUUGUAGUACAUCUUCAUUAAUGUGACCAGUUUAAAACUUUAUUUAUAGAACAAAAAGAAUUUUUGUUUCACAUGACCCAAGAGGAGAUGGGGUUUUGAUCUUUUUUCUUUGGGGGGGGUGGGGGUGGGACAUACAGUUCCUUUUUCAGUUGAUGCCGUCCAUGAGAGGCUCUCUUUUUGCUAAUUAAUGGAUUGCUGAUCUCAUUGUUAUAUUGGUUCCAAUCCUGAUAAACCUGCAGGCCGGUUUUGUUUGUAAAUUAGACUGUUUCCUAACCAUUGCUCUUUGGAAGGUAAUGAGAUUGUAUGUAAUCUUAUGGCUCAGAUCAAGUAAUGGAGCUUUGCUUUACAUGGAAUUAAGGAGGAAAAAAUUGAGUGAAGGAAUCAUCUGAUCAUAUUGAUCAUACUCAAACAGGAAAAUCAAAGCCAAAUCAAUUCCCUUCAUCAUCAGUAUUUCCCAUUCUAUACACAGUAAAUUUGUUUGACAGAGUACUUGGUUUUUGUUUAAUAGAACAAAUAAUCAGUGUUCUACUAUAUUACUAAAUGUGAAGGACACAUAAUGUGAAAAGUAUACAUACAUAAACUUGGUUGUUUGACCCAUUUAAGUGUUCAUGUAACGUGGUGAGUUUAAAAAGUGAAGUGAGCUGUUUUAUUACAAUGAAUUAAUUUGUUUGCACUUAAAGUUGAAAAUAUUGCCCCCACCCCGUCUUCUGCUAUCUUUUUUGGCCUGUAUUAAAUGAAAGCAAUGUUUUUGCAGUUUAUAUAAUGCAAUUUUUAAUCUGUGUUUAAAAAUGGAGUUCGUCUGGGCUUAACACAUGAAAUGGGUGGCACAGUUAGUUCCACUUGCAGAACCCAAAGAUACACAAUCAGUUUUGAAAUGCAACUUAAGCCAUUAAUUAAUUGUUGGUGUGAAUUUAAAGUUUUCUAGUAUUUGUAUGGUAGUGUGCUGCCUAAGAGCAAAAGCAUUCUGUGCACAGAAGAAAAUUACUGUAGUGGCUUUGCUUUGAAUUAGAAUUUUCUCCCUGGUGUUUCUUUAUAGACUAAAACAAAACCUUUUAAGUUUCAUACUACAGGUAAAAGCUAUGUGCAAGAACCUCAAAAUGCUAAAAUCUAGCAUAAUGCCUUAGAUCUGUUUUUAAGUCUUGUAUAUUCCUACAUAGGUGUCUGAUGUAUUAUAUUUGUAUAGUGAAUUGUGUACAAUUUUGGAAUAAGUGCAUCAUCACUUUCCUUUAUGUUGUGAAACAGUGAUGAUGACACAUUUCUUCAAACAUUUAACUGUCCUUUUUUUUCUUUGUCAUUUGUGGGUUUUAUUUGUACAGUUCCUCAUGAAGUUGCAUCUGAAAUGUGUGUAUAUGAAAAGAUUAUACAAGGGUAAAAUUAAGCAAUAUAUUAACUAUGGUUCUUCAGGAGAAAGCUUACAAUGUUUGGGUUGUGAUUUACUUUCAAAACGGAGUUGACUCUGAACAUCACCUUGUUCACCUGCAUCGAUGUUUGUAUUUCUAGUGUGAGCAGUUUAUGCAAAGGUAGAUAUAUUCAGAGACAUUUUAAAUACAUUUAUGCAAGUUAAUAUUGCUUUGCUGAUGCUAUUUGCUUAUUUGAUGUUAAAUAAUGCUAUUGUAAAUAAAGACUGUUGUUAUUGCAUCAUUUAAUAAAUUUUAAUGCCUUCGGGUUUUACAUGGCUUUA